AUGGAUGAUGUCGAUUCAGGAGGAGAGAGCUCUGCUCUCUCUGACAUCAACUCGGAUGAAAUCGAGUCCUCGAGGUUCAACCAUCGGUCUCGAUCUAACUCCAGAGACUCGACACUAUCGAUACUCUCUGAUGUCGCAAUGUCGAACAUGUCCGAUAGCCCACCGCGCAAUCAAGACGUAAGACCUGCGAAGCGACGAAAGACCGGCGCAUCGACGUACGACCAUGCCACUCCCCAGUCUGCGUCCACUGCCAUUCCUCCUCGAUCGCCCACUGGCAGCAUCUCAAGCGAUGACUCCCGCUCAGUGCCCAACUCGCCUUCGUUCGCCCAGCUACCAGCCACACAUCCUCUAACGACUUCGUAUCUCGCUGCUCAAGCAAACCCAGAUAACCCCGAUCUGGGUGACUAUAUUCAAGUAACGAAAUGUUUGUGGGAUGACUGCGACAAUCCCGAGCAGGGCAAUAUGGACAACCUCGUACAGCAUCUUAACGACGUGCAUGUUGUCGCGCGUCAGAAGAAAUACUUUUGCCAAUGGCUGGGAUGCCCUCGCAAAGGCAAGGAUCAGACCAGUGCAUACGCCCUGAAGGCUCAUCUGAGAAGCCAUACAAAGGAGAAGCCUUUCAUGUGUGUCUUGCCAGAGUGUGACAGGAGCUUCACUAGGUCAGAUGCCUUGGCCAAGCACAUGCGGACAGUUCACGAGACCGAGGCGUUGCGACCCAGCGAUCCGGUCCCGAGAGGGCAUACCGGCGGAUUGCCGAAUGGCACAUCAAACGGGCCCAAAAGACUCAAAUUGACUAUGGGCGGUGCUACAAAUGGCGAGAAGAGGGCCAACGGCAUCGGAGACUUGCCACCGUUGCCGACUAGGUUCACAGCCGCUCAGUUCGGGAUACCGCUUGAUCGACUCGAUACAUCGGGCGCAGCUGAAGGGCCGGACUUAGCAGAUGCCGUGGACAUGGACGACUUGCCUUUCACACUCCCGGUGUCAUCAGAUUAUUAUCCACCUGAGUUAUGGAAUGACAUGGAUGAGUUCGAACGCGCUCUUCCACCAUCGCAAUUUUACAAACUUCUGAAGAAGCAGAUAUCUUGGGCAGAAGAGGAGGCCGACACACUUCGCGAUGAGCUGACAAGUUUUCGAGCCGCCGCAGAAGGUCUGCACGGUGACCGAACGAAUCGGGGAACUGGCGAUGAGGCCAGUGUGGAUGACAACCGGCGGUUUGACUGGGCCAAUACAGAGCUUGUCCUGGACACUAUGAUGGAGGCGGAGGUGAGCAAAGUUGAGAGUCUGGCAGGCUUGCAGAGGGUUGGAGUCGAAGCAGGCCCGUGGGACCGCAUCCGUGAAAUCGAGCCUGCCGUUCGGAAUCAAAUACGUGGACUUGCCAGCUAG